AGGCUGCACAGUUCGCUUGUUGCGUUGCAUUUCCUUCCUGCCUUCUCUCCACGCUCCCGGGGGCGGCCAGAGAGGCGGCGGCGGCGCAAGAACGUUCUGGCGGCCUGCUCGCUUCCUCUCGCGCGCCCGCCUCGCGCCGCCGGCCAGUCGGCGGUCCGCGCCCCGCUAGCGCUCAGCUCCCGCGCUCGCCGGGCCCAGGCCCAGCGGCCGUAGCUAGCGCCCAGCCCAAGAGCCUCCAGCUCCGGCGGAGCGGCCACCAGAAGCGGAGCCUGGCCGUGGCCUGAGAGGAGAAGGAAGCGAGCGAGUCCGAGGGGUGGCCGGGCAGGUGCUGGCGCCGCGAAGAUGGUCGCCAAACAGCGGAUCCGUAUGGCCAACGAGAAGCACAGCAAGAACAUCACCCAGCGCGGCAACGUCGCCAAGACCUCGAGAAAUGCCCCCGAAGAGAAGGCGUCCGUAGGACCCUGGUUGUUGGCGCUCUUCAUUUUUGUUGUGUGUGGCUCUGCAAUUUUCCAGAUUAUUCAAAGUAUCAGGAUGGGCAUGUGAAGUGACUGACCUAAAGAUGUUUCCAUUCUCCUGUGAAUUUUAACUUGAACUCAUUCCUGAUGUUUGAUACCCUGGUUAAAAACAAUUCAGUAAAGCCUCCUGCCUCCGAAUGACUUUCAUAUCAUCCUUCCUGUGUCAUUCCAAGGUUUCUUCACGAGUCAUUCCAAGUUUUCUAGUCCAUACCACAGUGCCUUGCAAAAGCACCACAUGAGAAAAGCAAUAAAAUUUGAUUGUUAAGCUAUA